GUUGAUACUUGAGACGAGGUGUGGAAAAUAAAACAGUACGACACGACAGAUGACAGAUGUGGAAUUCGAAAGCUCCGUCGUCAGUCGAACAGGGUUGACGGCAAUUGCUCCUCCGUGCGUGAGAUGAGAGAGAACAAAGCCUCCAAAUCUUCGUCUUCAACGUCUGCUUGUGCCCUUCUUCGAGACGCAUACCACAAUUGCUUCAACAGGUGGUACGCCGACAAGUUCAUGAAGGGUCACUGGGACAAACAAGAAUGCGUUUCCGAGUGGCAAAAAUACAGAGCGUGCCUUUCUCAACAUUUGGAUGAUAAACAUCUGAUUCGUUUCUUAGAGGCUGAAGGCAUUGUUCAAGAUGGUGGUGUUGCUUCUCAGUGACUUGCAGGGAGUUAGACACUACAUGAGUUUCAGGUAGACUCUGGAGUUUGACAACCUAGACAAUGAGUGAUGGGAUGCAGAGCCCUAGAAGAUAUUAGGAUGUCUUUCAACUGCAUUCUGGAUCUCUGUAAUAACACUGUUGUUUUGGGCUUUGGAGGGGGGAUAUUAAGCUAAGCUGUCUUGCAAGGUUCAGUUAUUCAUAAACUCACUACUUCAAACGAUUUCAUGCUAGUCCCCCCAGGUCUUUGAAGAAAUGAGUUUUAAGCAAGUCAAAUUGAUUUCCUUACUUACAAUUUUAUAUAUACAUGAUUCCACGAGUUAAUUUGUGAGUUUCAUGAACACCAUCACAGCUGUGUCCUAGCAUAAACAAACGGAUACCCAUAUCUCAGGCUCCUAGUUUUAGUGAACCCAUCGCAACUUUCUGCAAUGAACCCAGUGGUCAAGCCAUUAUCUCGUAUCCUCAGGUGAACAAGGUUAAUCAUGCAUCAAUUUCAUCCACCAUUAUCUUAAGUAAUUCUGAACCUUGUGAUUUGUGAAGAAUUAGUUAUGUUCUUUUUGUGUCCCUUGCAAAUUAA